UGUAACAUCAUUAAUCUGAAAUGUGAGAGGGAGAGUAAAAGUAAAAAAAAAGUAUAAAAUUUAGGAAUGCCACUGAAGUUGUUACCAGUUUUUAAAGGGUGUUAAAAUUUAAAGGUAUUUUAUGUAAGCUUCAUAGUAACCACAUGGAAAUUUAAAAAAAAAAAAAAAUCUGUAGUAAAAAUUCAUGAUAGAGGUCCCUGGCUGGCUCAGUCAGUAGGACCUGUGACUCUUAAUCUCAGGCUCUUUAAGUUUGAGCCCCACGUUGACAGAGAAGUCAGAAAUUGAGAGUGGCGUGCUCCAGGUUCCAGGUAGCCCAGAGGAUGGUUCUUCCGUGGCUCCUGGCCAUCCUGCAGCACCGCCGGCAGCUGGUGGAGCAUCUGUCCCAGUCUAAGCCCAUCCCACGUGUGGCGCAGCUCGCGGGGUUUGCACAGAUGCAGGCCCAGCUGCGCGGCCAGGAUGCAGCCCGGCGUCUUCGAGCCCUCAUGGCUGGGCCCGCGUGCUCCCUAGGUUGCCACGCUGCCCACUUUAGAAACUCCUUCACUGAGGAGCUGCGCUGCAGCCUCUGGGAAUGCCCAGGGUCACUGCCAGGUAACCAGAGGGGCCCCAGCGCUAACCCCUAAAACCAGGCUGUGCGGGCCAGGGUCGCCGGCUUUCCCUUUUGGGCUCGACCCGGGCCUCGGCGCUCAACAGUCAUCCUGGGCACAGUGCACGGCUUUGAAUCCGGAGUCUUGACUGUUGGCCUUCAGAGCCCCGUUUAUCAGAAAGCCCAGGCCAAACCGACAUCCCCGGGGAAGCCCUGUGAUCGGACUGGGCAUGGUGUGAAGAAAUGACACCCCCCGCAAGCCGGGCCCUGAUGCACCACAUAGACCGUGAACCGAACCACAGCCCGAAGGAGGGUGCCCUCUGCGAAUGGGACUAAAACUCCUGUUCAGUGACGCUGCUUCUGCACUGAUAGAGCAGCGCUCUACUUCUAGGGGAGAGCACGGAGGGAAAGAUACAGCUGCCAAAAUUCUUUGAUUAAAUAUGUGAGCUGAGAAGGGGCAGGAAGAGAGAGAGAAGUCAGAAAUUGAUACUGAAAGACAUCAGAGAAAACCCAACAGCAGGAUAAAAACAAGGAAUAAAGGGUCAAAACAGCCAGAAUACAAUGAACAAAAUGGCAGUAGUUAGUCUUUACCUAUCAAUAAUAACUUUACAAAUGGAUUAAAUUCUCCAAUCAAAAAACAUACAAUGGCUAAAUGGCUAAGACAACAAGAUCUGGCAAUAUGCUUCAUAUAAGAUACACAUAGACUAAUGGUGAAGGGAUAGAAAAAGAUAUUCAGGAAAUGGUAACCAAAAAGAAGAAAAAAAAAACAGGUAACUACACUUAUAGCAGACAAUAUACUUGAGCCUAAAAAUGGUAAGAAGAGAACUUUAAAGGUUGUUACAUAAUGAUAAAGGGGUUAAUCAUCCAAGAAGAUAUAACUGUUGUAAAUAUUUAUGCAUCCAACAUGGAAGCAUCAAAAUAUACAAAGCAAAAACUGACAGAGCUAAAAGCAGAAAUGUAUUAAUAUUGCAGAACUUUAAUACUCCCAGUCUCAACAAUGGUAGAUAAUCCAAUCAAUAUGGAAACAGCAAAUUUUAACAAACCCAUAGACCCAAUGCACCUGACAUAUACAGAACAUUCUACCUGACAAUAGAAUACAAAUUUUACUUAAGCAUACCUGGAAUAUUAUAUAAGACCGUAUGUUAGGCUACAAAAAAUCCUAGCAAAUUCAGACUGAAAUCAUACCUAGAAUCUUCUCUGACCACCGUGCCAUGUAAACAAAAAUCAAACUAGAAAGAAAACUAGAAAGUUCAAAAAGUCUUCAAAAUUAAACACUGUAGUGAAUAACCAGUGAAUUAAGUAAGGAGGAAACAAAAUAGUAUCUCAAGACAAAAAUGGAAACACAGCAUAUGAAAACUUAUAGGAUGCAGAAAAAAGAUAGUUCUAAAGGAUGUUCCUAACAACAAAAGAUUAUAUUACGAAAUAAGUUCUCAAAUAGGCAACCAAACAACGCUUUAGGAACUAGAAAAAGAACAAAACAAACUGAGCCCAAAGUUAGCAGAAGGAAAGAAAUAAUAAGGCUUAGAGCAGAAAUAGAAAUAGAAAAAGCGAAACAAUAGAAAAGAUUAAAAGUAAGUGUUCAUUCUGUCAAACAAUAAAUAUAGUUGACAAAUCAUUUUGCUGCACUAGCCAAUGAAAAAAGAGGACCCAAACCAAUAGAUUUAUAAAUGAUAAAGCAGACAUUAUAAUGGAUACAAAGGACAAGAGGCUACUAUGAACACUUAUAUGCCAAAAAAAUUGGAUACCUAAGAGAUAUAAUAAAUUGAAACCUAAGAGAUAUAAUAAUCUUAGAAACAAAUCUACUGGGGUGCCUGGGUGGCUCAGUCAUUAAGCGUCUGCCAUCAGCUC